UAGGACGUUAUAUUCGCCUGCAUAUUCUCUUCUACCUCCUUUAUUUGAGUACUUUUUUUUUUCUUUUUUGAAUAAAAGAAAAAAGGAUAAGAAAAUCUUAGCCUUACUUUGUUUUGCGGUUUUCAUAAUUCAGUGUUCCGUUCAAGACAAAUAAACCUUUUUAUUUAAUUUUAUUUUUUUAUUUUAUAAAUUUGAUUCUCUCAUUUUAAAUCCCUCCUCGUCUCCCACCUCAUCACCAUUCUCCAUCUUACACACUCUCUCUCUAAAUUGAAGCUCGAUUCCUUCAUUCAUGGCGUCCGCUGCUACUCUUAACUCCGUUGAGGCUGAGAAGCUUGAUAAGCUUCGGUCUGCUACUGCUGGACUUAACCAGAUCAGUGAGGAAGAGAAAUCUGGAUUCAUUAGCCUUGUCGGUCGAUACCUUAGUGGAGAAGCUCAACAUGUUGAUUGGAGCAAAAUCAAAACUCCUACAGAUGAUGUUGUUGUUCCGUACGAAACCUUAGCACCUCCACCUGAAGAUGAGGCAAAAACUAAGGAGCUUUUGGACAAACUUGUCGUGUUGAAGCUCAAUGGAGGUCUAGGAACCACCAUGGGUUGCACUGGCCCCAAAUCUGUCAUUGAAGUUCGUAAUGGCCUGACCUUUCUGGACCUUAUAGUCAUGCAAAUUGAGAACCUUAAUAGCAAGUAUGGAUGCAAAGUGCCUCUGGUUCUGAUGAACUCAUUCAACACCCAUGAUGAUACACUCAAGAUUAUUGAAAAAUACACCAAUUCCAAUGUUGAGAUACACACAUUUAACCAGAGCCAAUACCCUCGUUUGGUUGUUGAAGAUUUCUCACCAUUGCCAUGCAAGGGUCAAACUGGCAGGGAUGGAUGGUAUCCUCCUGGUCACGGUGAUGUAUUCCCAUCCUUGAAGAACAGUGGAAAGCUUGACUUGUUCUUGUCACAGGGCAAGGAGUACAUCUUUGUUGCCAACUCUGACAACUUGGGGGCUAUUGUUGAUUUGAAGAUCUUGAAUCACUUGGUCCAAAAUAAGAAUGAAUACUGUAUGGAGGUUACACCCAAAACAUUGGCUGAUGUCAAGGGUGGUACUCUUAUUUCUUAUGAAGGGAAGGUCCAGCUUCUAGAAAUUGCGCAAGUUCCAGAUGAGCAUGUCAAUGAAUUUAAGUCAAUUGAAAAGUUCAAAAUUUUCAACACCAACAACCUGUGGGUGAACCUGAAUGCAAUUAAAAGGCUCGUAGAAGCUGAUGCACUCAAAAUGGAAAUUAUUCCUAACCCCAAGGAAGUUGAUGGAGUCAAGGUUCUUCAACUGGAAACUGCUGCUGGUGCUGCAAUUAGGUUCUUUGAUAAUGCUAUUGGAAUCAAUGUGCCACGAGCAAGAUUCCUUCCAGUGAAGGCAACUUCAGACUUGCUUCUUGUCCAGUCUGAUUUGUACACUGUUGUUGACGGCUUUGUGAUAAGAAACCCUGCUAGAAACAACCCUGCAAAUCCAACCAUUGAGUUGGGGCCAGAAUUUAAGAAGGUAAGCAACUUCUUGAGCCGAUUCAAGUCCAUUCCCAGCAUUAUUGAGCUUGAUAGCUUGAAGGUUUCUGGUGAUGUAUGGUUCGGUGCCGGAGUUGUUCUUAAGGGAAAAGUAGCCAUCAAUGCCAAGUCUGGAGUGAAGCUAGAAAUUCCAGAUGAUACAGUUAUUGAAGGAAAUUAAUGGACCUGAGCAACUCUAAAGCAUUGAGAAUUGAGGAGUACGAGAUACGAUCACUUGAAUGCUCGGGCCUGUGUUCCCAUUUUCGUGGCUUAGACAUAUACGAGGCAACGGUUAAUAAAAUAUUGAGUUUUGGAGAUUAAUUUUGUCAAACAUAACUCUAGCAAAACUUCACCGGAGCAUAAGAAGUUUGAAUAAGUCAGUUUAAUCUAUGUUUGUGUCA